AUGUUGGACUUUCAAAACUAUAGAAAUCAAACUGGUUUCAUUGGUACCACCUAUGUACCAACCAAGGUGAAUAAUAACUUGCUUGGCUCCGUAGGGACCACGGGUAAUCAUCAUCAUCAUCAUCACCAGCAUCAUUAUGGACUCUCCUCCUCUCCAAAGGUGAUACGUCCCGUGAUGUGUCCCUGCAAGUCAUCAUCGGAGGUGGAAGUUGGAAAGCUGUUGGAUAUGGCUCUUCUGAAACGACAAAACCUCAUGAUGAGCAAGCAAACCACAACAUCAACCACUUCCGCAACUAAAUUCUAA